AUUGGCUAAGCCAUUUUCUGUAAAUGUUUGUGUUGAACCGGAAAAGUGUAAACGACUAAACGCGGCGAACAACCCUGUAAAUGGAAACUUCGGUCACCUCGUCGAUGCCCGGUUUCGACGAUUGGGAUCGUCCUUUCACCGAUCUUGAACUCAUUGAAAUCGAGGCUGCAUUUCAAUCUGCCGCCACGAAGCAGCACGAUCCCGUCAAGUCCUCCGACCACGAUGUGGACAAUGAUGGUAGCGCCGACAAAAACUGCACCCGCAGCCGUUACCGGACACUUCCCGCCUCACUGUUUUCAAAUUCACUCUAUGUGUCUCCUUUCCCUAGACGUCGCUUUAAGAAUAAAUCAAAGAGGUUGCCAGAAUUAGCCUUCCGAGGGCGUGUUUUGUACAGCAGAACUUCAGUUGAGGCGGAAAAGUCUGCAGCAGAGCUUUUAAGUUUUAUUGAAACCAAAAGGAAAGCAGGAGAGGUUGCUCUUGGACUUGACAUGGAAUGGAAACCCAGUUUCAAAAGAGGUGUUGCCCCUGGGAAAGCAGCUGUUUUGCAGAUAUGUGGGGAAAUGAGUCGUUGCUAUGUAUUCCAUAUAUGUCAUUCUGGAAUCCCACAAAAUCUGCAGGAACUUCUUGAGAGUUCGUCCGUUGUGAAGGUGGGCUCAAACAUUGCAAAUGAUGCCCGCAAAAUGUUCCUAGAUCAUAAUGUAUCUAUUACAAAUUUGGAAGAUCUAUCUGCGCUAGCCAAUCUAAAGCUUGGUGUGGAUCCCAAAAAUUGGGGUCUAGCUUCAUUGACUGAAUCACUUCUUUGCAAAGAGCUCCCUAAGCCAAGCCAUCUCAGAUUGGGAAAUUGGGAGACUCGAAAUUUAUCCAAGGAGCACUUAAGUUAUGCUGCCACAGAUGCUUUUGUUUCAUGGCACCUAUAUCAGGUGUUGAAAAGCCUUCCUGAUGUCGUUGAUGAUAGAAGCAAUGAACCAAAGCACGUGGAUAGAGAGUGAGUUUGUUUUCCAACCAUUAGGUUCGGUCCAACCAGCUCCCUUGGUGCUAUUAUUAUGUAUUCAAUUGCAAAAGCCAAUCUUUUCUUGUGAAGAGGCACAAGAGGAUCAAUGGUCCAAUGAGGCAAGUUCUUCUUUACAGAGACGUUCACCAGACACCAGAUGUGUUAUUGUCGGAAGUGUUGGAGGAAUUCAAAUUGAUCUUGGGCAUCUCCAAAAUGUCAAGCGGCAUUGGAUGAUCUUGCACAGUAGAGCUACAGAAGAUUGAAACAUGUCACCCAUUAACUAACUCCAUUAUUGUACUUCAUGUUUAUUUUGUUUUUGAUGUUGAAAGCUUGCUAUUUGAAGUUGAAGUUAUUAUCCUUUUCUUUGGCGGACUGUGUUGGUUCAUUGGAUUAUAUUUGACCUCGUUGGAUAAGCCACAUUAUUUGGAUAACAUUAUUAUCUUUUUUAAGAAAAUGUUGUUUGUACAC